ACUUGAGCUGUAAGGACAGGCGAACACACAAAGUCUGUUAAAGGUUUGGAUGUUUAUGGUCACAAUGAAGGUCUUCAUCUUCCUUCUUCUCCUGGGGAUACAGGGGGCAGCGGCAGUGACCCACUCUAUGAAGUAUUUCUACACUGCGUCCUCUCAAGUCCCAAACUUCCCAGAGUUUGUGGUUGUUGGGAUGGUUGAUGAUGUUCAGGUUGAAUAUUAUGACAGCGACACAGAGAAAAUGGUGCCCAAACAGGACUGGGUGAACGGUGCAGUAGAUCCACAGUACUGGGAGACCAACACUGGGAUCGCUGUGGGCACCCAGCAGACGUUCAAAGCCAACAUUGAGAUUGCAAAGCAGCGCUUCAACCAAACUGGAGGUGUUCACAUAAACCAGAGGAUGUACGGCUGUGAAUGGGAUGAAGAAACAGCUGAAGUGAACGGAUAUUUCCAAGAUAGUUAUGAUGGAAAGGACUUCAUAAGCUUUGACCUGAAGACAGAGACGUGGGUCGCUCCUGUACAACAGGCUGUCAUCACCAAAAACAAGUGGGACAGUAACAGAGCUAGGAACACAUAUUGGAAGAACUACCUCACCCAGGAGUGUCUUGAGUGGCUGAAGAAGUAUGUGAACUAUGGGAGGAGCUCUCUGAUGAGAACAGAGCGUCCCUCAGUGUCUCUCCUCCAGAAGUCUUCCUCCUCUCCAGUCAGCUGCCACGCUACAGGUUUCUAUCCUAACGGAGCCGAGAUGGUCUGGAAAAAAGAUGGAGUGGAGCUUCAUGAGGGCGUGAACAAAGGAGAGAUUCUCACCAACAAUGACGGGACCUUCCAGAUGAGUGUUGACCUGGAUGUCUCAUCAGUGAAACCUGAAGACUGGCACAGAUACAGAUGUGUGUUUCAGCUCUCUGGUGUGAACGAGGACAUCGUCACCAAACUGGUCAAAGCAGACAUAGAGACCAAUGAAGUGGACAUUGGUAAUGUUCCUCCAGGAAAUAAUCUCACCAUCAUCAUUGCCGUUGUUGCUGCGGUUCUUGUCCUCGGCGCUGUGAUUGGAUUCAUUGUCCACAAAAAGAAAACAAGCAAAUGCUCCCAGCCUCCUAUGAAGGAUCCUGCGGUGAAGGAUCCUGCAGUUAAGGAGCCACUGAAUCCUCCAACAGUCUAAAUGACAAACAACCUUCCACACAGUUUGUGGAGAUAUAUUGCACUCAAAAAAAGAGGCGUUGUCACUUGAUUCUCCAUAAAGUGGGACUAAAUUCUUUAAUUCGUCAAACUGAAGACUUGGAAAAAGUGUUGCACUUACUUAUUCUUCCAUUAACUAAUUUUAAAUUACUUGAAUUUUUUUUAAGUUCAAAUUAGAUUUUAAUUACUUUAAAUUUGGGGGAAAUAAAUGUAAACAUGAAUUGGCAGAUAUUUAACAAAUAUGACAUAGAUGGUGACCUUAUUUUGAGACUUGAAUUCCCAAUUAGGAAGUUGGAUUACUUUGAUAAAUAAAACACCAAUGGAGGGAAGUACCACAUGUUUUAAAAAUCACAUCACAGCAGUCUAAAAUAUUUUUGUUUAUUGGAAAUAAACACAAUAUAUUUUUAGCUUUGUAUUUCUGGUGUUGGGGUAUUCUGUAAAUCAAUAAAUUACUAAAUCACUGUUGAUAAAAAGUACAAAUGUAUUAAUAGAGGUGCUUGUCCUUUACAUACACAUACUCUUAGAGUUUGGUAAUAUGAUCAUAUAUUUCUUUAGAUUUGACAACAAACAGGACAAUUCUGUAAAUCAGUCAUCAACAUUAAAAAACACAUUGUGGAAAUUAUAGAUUUUAAAUCACAUGAACUCAUCAGUGUAAAUUAUUGUUUAACUUUCUAAAUCUGGUGGUAAACUGGGAAUGACUCCAGUCCUCUGCAGCUCUCAGUAAUCAGACAGGAAAUGGAUGGAUGGGCACUGAACUGUUAUGAUUAGCAGGAUUUAUCAAUAAUGAUUUAGACACAUAUUUUCCAUUUGGUUUCUUCUACAUCUCUAGAUUAUUUUUUAACUUAAGUUCUUUAAAAUAUAUAUCAAGUAAAGGGAUAAAAUAACACCCAUCCAUAAACACAUGCCCAAAGUCUCAGAUCACAGUGGAUUUCCAAAUUUUGUACAUAAACCGCUUGUACAUUUCUUUAAAACUAUUUUGUGUUGAUUUUAACCAGACCUAGGGUGGUUAUAAUUUAUGUCUUUGAGGUUAUUCUCAAAUUAAAAAAAAGAUAAUUGUGUUGUUGCUUUUCUCUUUUUAGUCUAAAAAGUUUUGAUCUUUGCUUUGUUUUCUGAUUUAGUUUAAAUUGAGCUUCUGAUGGCUUGCGUGAUAUUUUUUUGAAAAUGCUUUCUGUUCAUAUUUAGGGGUUUUAAAGGGCCUUUUCUGUCUUAUGUAAACACAUAGGAGUUAAAAAGUGAUGUUGCUGUUUCAUUCUCUUUUAUACUUUUGCCUUUCAAUAAAGUCCCCAAUAAUCCAAA